AUGGUCAAAAAUUGUAGUGUAGCUAAAAGGCCAUUCCGCAGACUCUGUUACUGGUGUCUUCUUAUGACUCUUAGUGAGCCUUCAUUCAAAACCAAAGAUGAAGCUAAGGACUUCUUGAAGUGUUUAUGUGAUCAAGAACUUACUGUCGAUGUAUCAGAUGGUCGAAGAUAUAUUGGAUUCUUAUGCUGCACAGAUAAUGUUGGAAAUAUUGUAAUGAGUUCGUGUACAGAGUAUCCGGCACCUUCUGAUUCAGCACCCGAUAAUUCGCUAAGAAAUUUUCCCACUGUUGUUAUCCCUGGACAGCACAUAAUGAAAAUUGAAUGUAAUGGUCGUUUGCUAGCAAAUCGAUCUAUUUAA